CAGAAUGAUGUCCGGCUGCAUCCCUCGCUCUGCCACACAUGAAUCAGUCAUGUGGGUGACCCGCCUGCGUCAACGGGCGCCGAAACCAUGCGUGCGUCGAGGCAACUGGCUGCGUUGAGGUCAGGGGCCGUGUUGCUGCUGCUGGCCUUCUCGCUCCUUCUCGGCUUCUUUGAGGCUCAACGACUCGUCCAGCUCAUGUUUGGCGUGGCUUUCGGCAUCAUCCUGUCGGCAUCUUCUCUCAGCUUCACCAUGCCAUUCAGGCAAGAAACACAUGAAAAUGCAUCAGAUCCGCAGUGCAGCGGUCGACUCCUGUGCGUGGUGAGUGUAUUGCAGGCAUGUUGCGCAGGGCUCUCUCAGCGCUCUCCGGCCUCUGUUACAUCUGAUCUUGAUCAGCUCAACACUCUUUGCCUUGUUUGCUGCACUGGCUGGCCUGGAGGGGGGCAAGAGCGGCCAUCUCUUCUCGACGCAUCACCUCGUCGGCUCGUUCAUGUUUGGUGCCGGUAUGCAGUUUGGAGGAGGUUGUGGCAGUGGGGUGCUGUACACGGCUGCAGCGGGGUCAGCCAAGGCGGUCGUCACUCUGGUGUUCUUCAUUGUCGGGAGUGUCCUUGGCGCCUGGAGUAAAGAGCGAUGGAGUGCUCUGUCGUCGGCAGUGUGGGUCAACUGGCCUGAUGCCAUCCUCUACCAGUGGCUGCUUAUCGUGGGUUUCAUCGGCAUUGCCUACGUGGCCACCCAUCUCACUCUCCCGCAUGUGGCCGGCAAGGACAGCAAGAAGACACGGAGGGAGGGCAGCAUGACCACGAGCAGCGACCUGUUUGUCGAUGGGGGUGAGAUUCCGGUCCUGUGCUGCUGUCCCUGGCUGUCGCGAAGAUCGGUUGCCGAGUGGCGGAAUGGGUGGUGGAAGAUGCCGCUGACGAGGGGACGCGCCAUUCUCUUGAUCGGCGUGCUCAAUCCUGUGAUGGUUCUGGUGUCCGGUGGGGCGUGGGGCAUCACCUAUGCCUAUGCUCUAUGGGGUUCUCUUAUCAUCCCCCUCUUCGGUGGUCAGCCAUGCGGAUGGGGCUUCUUUGGCGCGUCUUGUCCCGGCCGGCCGCAGCCCAUCGAGGGCCUCACACACCCCAUAGCGGCCUCUGACUUCGGGGUGUUCUGCGGCUCCCUCAUUGCUGCUCUCUUCAUCACCACGCCGACAGUCGAGACGGCCGACGCAUCCACUGGGAAGCAGAGCCUCACAUCAGACGACCGAGCCGGCGAGUCAAGCAGCGGGAACGAUUCGCUUGAUGUGGCUGCAACGGCUGAUCAGAGAGACCAGGACUCGGUCGACGGGGAGGCCGACCGACCCAACGCAGGCGAUACAAGUGCAUCGGUGGAGGCCCGCUCAGCAGCUGCUAAGGUGGCCUCUCGCCAAGUGGCCGUUUCCAUCCCAUCGGACAAAUCAGCAGUAAUGUGCGAAUCGACACCCAAGUUCAUCAGCAGCUGGCGGGAGUCAUGGCGGUCCAUUCGGGAGUCGCCAUCGUCCUUGCUCUACAAUGUGGCUGGAGGGCUCAUGAUGGGGCAAGGGGCACGCAUGGCAGGUACACUGACCAGCACAGGGAGGAACACGUGGAUGGAUGGAUGGAUUGGGUCUGCAGGCGGAUGCAACAUCGGGGGCUUCUUCUCCACAGUAACUGUUCUCGACUUCCGAGGCUUCAUCUGGGCCAUGGUAGGCUGUCUGACAGACAUCUCACUUACAGGCCUGCCUUCUCCUCCAUCUCGUGCCUCUGAGGUUGGUGCGUGUGAUGUCUUCAGAGCGCAUUGCUCGGUGCGUGUCUUGCCCUGUUUAUAGUGUCUCUCAACCGGCGGAUUUGGGAUGGCUGGCAGCACCGCAGGAAGGCCAGUGCGGGUGAGACCGUGAUGGUGGAUAGAGUGAGGGGGGCGUGAUGGUGAUGGAGCGAGCAAUGCUGAGCUGAUGGAUGGGCAGCAUGUGUGUGGGAUGGCUGGUGUUGAGCUAUACAUAGUCAGAGUGGUGCACUGAGGGAAGUCAUGGUUCGUGCGCUGCGCUGUGUACAUUGCGUAUGUGCAGUGCAGCCUGUGCAUAUAUGUGGCCGAGAGGCUCCGAUACGGCGGCCCUCGUUCAAACUACUUACGUCUGUCUGUUA